AGUUUUAGGAUCAAAAUGGGCAUCCCUAGGGAGAAAAAUCAUCGGUAUGAGUGUUUUUACUCUGGUCCUGACUCCUUGACUUUGGACGUGCAAACUUGUGUUGUGUGCACUUGUGUGUGUUUCGGGGGAGAGGAGCAGUGGAUUUCAUCAAUUUCUCAGGAGUCUAGAGCCCCCAAAUAGUUAAGAACACUGGCUUGGCAGUGGAUGAUCCCUGAAAGGAAUGAACUUGGCCUGGUUGUUCCUCUGAUGACCCCAAGUCACCACACAUUGGAUUUUCGCUACCAAAAGUGUGUGUUUGCACAUUGCUGUGCAAGAGUAGCGUUCUGUUUUGUUUUUAAGAAUUUGUCUUUUCCCCACCAAACCGGCCAAUGACGCCGUGCCCUCUGUUGGCCUGCCUGUGGUUGCCAAGGCUCAGGGCUUCCUAUGUGGUUGCUGUGCAGUCACUAUAAUUACUUUAACUGACUUCAGUGGUGUGUGUAAGGAGGACAGUCUGGAAGGCAGGCACAAACGGGACAGCUUUUGUUCUGAGUUGAACAUAAAUUCGUGCCCUUACUGAAUUUGGGUCUGUUUCCUUGUGGAACCUACUCAGUGUCAAGUUCUAAGCCAUGACGCGUCUUCUUUUGGAGAAGCGUGAACUCAGGAGAAAUCUGGCUGCCUUGUCAUGCCCGCACCCUUCCAUCCUGCAAGCACACAAACCGUUCCAAGUAACAGGAGAUAUUCCAGGCAGGGCCAGGCUGAGCUCUGCCUUCUUGGGAGAGUGAUCCAGUGACCCUGAAUGUCUGUUGGUCUCAUAUCCACCAACCCCUGCAGCCUCCAGUCAACAUCCCCCUCCUUCCAGCUUCUGCUGCUAGAGCCCCAGCGCUCGCGCGCGCUCUCUCUCUCUCUCUCUCUCUCUCUCUCUCUCUCUCUCUCUCGCCUAGAAGCCCUGCCCCCGCCCCCUUGCGCAGGGCCCCAGCUCUAGCUCUGGGCUCUUCCCUUGUCACACCUCCCUCCGCCCAGACAAACACACUGGCUGGGGGAAGGUUCCUCCUGUUUCGUCCCCACCCACUCUGGGUCUGAGCUGGCGGAGAUGGACCAUCCAACACCCAAGGUCCUCCUAACCAGGCCCCGCUGCCCCUCCCUACGAAUGUGGGCUUUGGAGGCCAGCAGCGGGAGGUUCUCAGUGCCACCCUCCAUCAGCAUCUCUCACUUGACCCUGCCACUCCGGGUCCUGGCUGCCUGCCCUCUGACGCUCCUGCCCUCCACCCCGUGCAGCAGGAACCCAGCCAUGGUGAACGAACCCAGAGGGGAUGGUGGCCCCACGUCCCGCUCGGAGGGCAGCAGCAGUGGCAGCGAGAGCUCCAAAGAUAGUUCGAGAUGUUCCACGCCGGGGCUGGACCCCGAGCGCCACGACAGACUCAGGGAGAAGAUGAGGCGGAGGAUGGAAUCUGGUGACAAGUGGUUCUCCCUAGAAUUCUUCCCUCCUCGGACCGCUCAGGGAGCCGUCAAUCUCAUCUCGAGGUUUGAUCGGAUGGGGGCAGGUGGCCCCCUCUUCAUAGAUGUGACCUGGCACCCGGCAGGGGAUCCCGGCUCAGACAAGGAGACCUCCUCCAUGGUGAUCGCCAGCACCGCGGUGAACUACUGUGGCUUGGAGACCAUCCUGCACAUGACCUGCUGCUGUCAGAGCCGGGAACAGAUCACAGGCUAUCUGCACAAGGCCAAGCGGCUGGGCCUGAAGAACAUCUUGGCGUUGAGGGGAGACCCCGUGGGUGACCAGUGGGAAGAGGAGGAAGGAGGCUUCAGCUAUGCUGCAGACUUGGUGAGGCACAUCCGAAGCGAGUUUGGAGACUACUUUGACGUCUGUGUGGCAGGUUACCCCAAAGGCCACCCCGACGCAGGGAGCUUUGAGGCCGACCUGAAGUACUUGAAGGAGAAGGUAUCUGCAGGAGCCGACUUCAUCAUCACCCAGCUUUUCUUUGAGGCUGACACAUUCUUCCACUUUGUUAAGGCUUGCAGCGAGAUAGGCAUUACCUGCCCCAUCCUCCCCGGAAUCUUUCCUAUCCAGGGCUACCACUCCCUUCGGCAGCUUGUGAAACUGUCCAAGCUGGAGGUACCGCAGCAGAUCAAGGACGUGAUCGAGCCAAUCAAAGACAACGACGCUGCCAUCCGCAACUAUGGCAUCGAGCAGGCUGUGAGCCUGUGCCAGGAGCUUCUGACCAGUGGCUUGGUGCCAGGCCUUCACUUCUACACCCUCAACCGCGAGAUGGCCACCACAGAGGUGCUGAAGCGCCUGGGCAUGUGGAUUGAGGACCCCAGGCGUCCCCUGCCCUGGGCCGUCAGUGCCCACCCCAAGCGCCGGGAGGAGGACGUGCGUCCCAUCUUCUGGGCCUCCAGACCAAAGAGUUACAUCUACCGCACCCAGGAGUGGGAUGAGUUCCCCAACGGCCGCUGGGGCAAUUCCUCCUCUCCAGCCUUCGGGGAGCUGAAGGACUACUACCUCUUCUACCUGACGAGCAAGUCCCCGAGGGAGGAGCUGCUGAAGAUGUGGGGGGAGGAGCUGACCGGGGAAGAAAGCGUCUUUGAAGUCUUUGCCUGCUACCUCUCUGGAGAGCCCAACCAGAAUGGCUAUAAGGUGACUUGCCUGCCCUGGAAUGACGAGCCCUUGGCGGCCGAGACCAGCCUGAUGAAGGAGGAGCUGCUUCGAGUGAACCGGCAGGGCAUCCUCACCAUCAACUCCCAGCCCAACAUCAACGGGAAGCCAUCCUCUGACCCCAUUGUGGGCUGGGGCCCCAGUGGGGGCUAUGUCUUCCAGAAGGCCUACUUGGAGUUCUUUACUUCCCGUGAGACGGUGGGGGCGCUUCUGCAGGUGCUGAAGAAGUACGAGCUCCGCGUUAAUUACCACAUCGUGGAUGUGAAGGGUGAAAACAUCACCAAUGCCCCCGAGCUGCAGCCCAAUGCAGUCACUUGGGGCAUCUUCCCUGGGCGAGAAAUCAUCCAGCCUACAGUGGUGGAUCCUGUCAGCUUCAUGUUCUGGAAGGAUGAAGCCUUUGCCCUGUGGAUCGAGCAGUGGGGCAAGCUGUACGAGGAGGAGUCUCCGUCCCGCAUGAUCAUCCAGUACAUCCACGACAACUACUUCCUGGUCAACCUGGUAGACAACGAGUUUCCGCUGGACAACUGCCUGUGGCAAGUGGUAGAAGACACGUUUGAGCUUCUCAACAGACCCGGGCCAGAGCAGGAGACAGAGACCCUGUGAUCCCGCGCCCUGAUGUUCUUGGCCUGAGGCCACCCGUGUCCUGCCUUCCUCCUCCCCAGUCCUGGUUUUCCUGGAGACCCCUCUUCUCCUUCAUCUCUCCCUGAGCCCUGGCCUCCACUCCUCACACGGUGAUGGCAGCUAGACUUGGUGUGAGGCUUGCCGGCUCCGGCUGGACCUGAGUCCGCCCCACGUCGGAACGGGGCGUUUGUGGCUCAGCCUAGUGCCCUUUGGUGAGAAGCACCCCCCUCCUGCAGAGGACCGUGGGGUGGGUGGAACAGCAUCUUCCCUGAGAAGGAGAGAGGAUGGUUGUUGCCGACUGAGGCCUCGAACCAGGGCAGCCCCUGGGAGCCGGCCUGGGGCUGCCAGUGACCUUGCACUUGGGACCCACGGGGAUGGCAAAGCGAACCUGGGUGGCGGGCACGGGCAGUGCUGCAGAAGAGACAUAGAGCGAGGGCGCCGUACCCUCAUCUCCGAGGUGUUGGCCGCCGGGCACUUAAGUGCUCGUGGGCGGGAGGGGCAGACCACUGCCCUGCCCGCCUGCCCGUCUGGCCGCGUCCCAGGCCUCCGGACAGGCCUUGGCCUGAAACGUGAUAGCGUGGGCAUUUCUUGCCAGCGUCUGCCUGUGAGCCAGCCCGGCUUUCACCUUUCCACAAGGCUGCUUUUUGAAAGAGCCGUUUCUAUGUUCUGGCGGCUCGAGAGGGAAAGCGUCUCUUAAAGGUUGAAGGCAUCUAUACCCUUCUACUUGGUGGAGCCCUUGGCCUUCCCUCCCCCCAACCCCCACCAUGGAGCGCUACCCUGCCUGUUACCGUCAAGGGCAAAGAUAAGGCUCCACUGGGCAGGAUUUAUUUCUUCCUGGCUUAUUUUUUUAGAUGGGACCUUUUCCUGCCAGCUUCUCUGUCCCCUCUGCUCCUUCCUCCCCCACCCCCACCCCCCCCACUCCCUCGCCAUUCCCAAAGCUGUCUGCCUGGCCCUGCUCCCCUGGAGUCAGCCCUCAAGCCCCGCUGCUCAGGGACAGUGACCAGGGGAUGCACAGAAGCUGGUCCCUAUCCCCGUCCCUGCCUGCUGGUCUUCGCUGGCUCAGCAAGGGUGGGGGUGGGUGUCCAAAGAGCAGCCUGAUGGCAGAAGAGGCACAGUCGUGGGUUACCUACCCUCUUGCUUCCAGGGUGGCUGGUUGAGGCAGAGGGGCAGCCCCUAGGAGAGGCUGAGCAAGAGAAGCAGCUAGGACCAAGGAGGGUGUUUUAUUGUCCUUCAGAGCUCUGUCCCCAGGCUGUGGGAUGAGUGCCUGGUGGCUUGAGCCUGCACUCCCCGGAUGGGUGGGACGUGGUUCCUUCCUUACGAAGGCUGGGCACAGUUCUGUUUUUCUUUCCAUGGGAACAAGUCACAGCUGCAGCCGGGCCCCUUGCCCCGCCCACGUCCACCCCAGCAGCUUCCAGCCUGCUCCCAGGGCUCCCGAUGCCCGCCUUGCUCGGGGGGUACCGGGCUGCUUGUGGCUCCUCUCUUCCGGCCCCUGGCUGCCAGCUGUUGGCACCACUUCUCAAAGGCCUGGAGCCAGAGAGGAGAAAGGAAAGGCUAUUUGGCCCCCUCCUGGGUCAGUGCUGUCUGUGCUAGGCGAAUGCCGGUGCUCAGCUCCUUCUGUCCCCAGAGGGAAUAGAAGAUCCCUCCCUCCGCCCCAGCUACUCAGCCGGCUCUGCCCCAGGCCAAAUGCAGAGGCUCAGAACAGCUCUGAUCUGUGAUCUGGGGAGCUGUGUUCUGAGUGGGGCAGAUGAGGGAGUGGGCACCCGGGGACCCAUACCCAGCGUGGGCUAGCGUUGAGUGGCAGCUGUGCUGUGACUGAGCCUUGUUCCCACGCUGAGUGGCAGGGUAGGACUGGGCUGAGCACGUGGCCAGCAGCCAAAUCAGAAUCCAAGCUGUGUUUUCUCAAAGGAACGGACUCCUCCAUGGGAAACAAAGGGGCCCCCAGCUCAGAAACGUCCAGGUGUGGCCCUAGUUGGGAAAGUCCUGCCGGGGGGGGGGUACCCCCCAGUACCUGGGAAAGGACCCAGCCGCCUUCCUGUUGCUGCAGUCGCCGAGCCGCCCGCAGCCGCAGGACUCGCCGCCGCCACACGCGCCAGGCCCGCUUCAGGUGCCACUGCCUGAGCUGUGGGGACAGGUGGUGAGGCCCCAAGCUGGCCCGCCGCCCCUCUGCCACGUCUUCCCCCUACACCCCUGCAGCACAGGACAGAGGGGCCGUGAUGGGGCGGGGACGGGGGUAUCCCCCGAGGUGUGUUAACGCAGAUCCCGUCGCCUGACCCCACGGAUGCAGACCAAGAUGCUUCGGGAGACUUCGUUUCUAGGGGUUAGGGUUGAGGUGAGAUGAGCUGAGAGAUCAGCACAAGGCUGGGAAGGGGGGGCGGGGCUGAGCCUGCUCACCAGCGUCCGUGCCAGCUGCUCCUCUCCCUGAGCGUCCACCCAGUGCUGCCAUGUUGCCGCCAGGCACCUGGCCUGCUGGGAGCCCUGGAGCCGGCGAAGCAAGGCCUCAAGGUGCCGGCGCUGCAGGUAUCUCCUCCUGGUGGGGUGAGGCCCUGCUGAGCACCCCGACAGCCCAGACCAUCACGAGCCCUUCGUGACCAGGUAGAAGGGCAGCGCCACGGAUCCCCCAGGAUCCUCCAGGAAUGAGCGCCGGCCAGGAAGAGCCCAGCUCCGGCCGUGGCUCAGACAAGCCCCGGGGCCCUGCCACACGCAUGCGCAGCUGAUCUUACCCUAGCUGCCUCUCAGAGGCCACGCCUUGGCCUUUGAGGACACUGGCCUCAGAGCUGCAGUCCCCUCCUGGUUUUCCGGGCGGCGGGCCCUGGGCCUGGCCGGUGCGUCCAGGCCACUGCAGCUGGACCUGGAAGGCACGGCAGAGGGGAGGCUCUCUGUCACCUGGAAAGAAGAGGUUAAUAAAGAAUAAGUACACAGAACGGA